AUGAGUUAUACGGGGGAAUUACAGUACUAUCGGAGCUCGGGUGUGGACCAGCUGGGAAAUUGGUCUUUGAUUUGGAGAAAGCCGGAAGACAAAUAUUGUAGCAUUUACAAUUUUUGUGGGAAUUUCGGCAGCUGCAAUAUUAACAAUAGGCCACUCGUAUGCAAAUGUUUACCCGGGUUCCACCCUAAUUUCCCUAAAGAUUGGGAUAAUUCUCGAGAUUUUUCUGGUGGGUGCACAAGAAAUUCGAGAUUAUUUGACGAAAGAGACAUGUUCUUGAGCUUAAAUAUGAUGAAAGUGAGCAACGAAGACUAUUAUGUAGCGGUUCCGAAUGAUACAACAUGCAGAAGGCUGUGCCUUAACAACAACCAGUGCCAGGCUUAUUCAAGUCCGCACCCAGUAUGCAUUAUUUGGACUUCGGAUCUAAGUGAUCUUCAAGAGGAGUACAUAGGCGGUUUUAACCUCUCUAUCCGCGUUGCGAAAUCUGAUAUAGAUACUUUAAAGAAGGGCGAGUGGAUUACUGACGAUGGAAAUCAAACAACCCUUGUCUCCAGUGGAGGAACGUUUGAACUGGGAUUCUUUACCCCUAUCAACAGCUCUAGCCACAGUAGAUACUUUGAGAUUUGGUAUCACAAAUGGGAUCAACAAACAGUUGUAUGGGUUGCCAACCGAGGCGACCCAAUACUUAACGGUUCCACUGGAACUUUUGGAAUCGCAGAAGAUGGCAACCUCAAGGUAUUGGAUACCACUGGAAAACAAGAUUAUUGGUCUGUGGUUUUUGAUUCCUCGUCUACAAAUCGGACUGUGAAGCUCAUGGAUUCUGGAAACCUAGUCUUUAGCGAUGAAGAUAAUCAAUCGGCGACGAGUCUAUGGGAGAGCUUCCAAAAUCCAACUGAUACAGUUCUUCCAGGUAUGAACAUCUCUGAAUUCCUGUCAUUGACUUCAUGGAAAAGCGAUGGUGACCCGGGAUUUGGGCAGUUCAUGUUUAAUCGAAAUCUAGAAGUGAUUGGGGGGGGUGCAUUUCGUGGCUACGUUUACGUUAUCUCAAAAGAUCGUGACACAGGAGUGGAUUACUGGAGAAUACUAUCGGAGCUUGGGUGUGGACCAGCUGGGAAAUUGGUCUUUGAUUUGGAGAAAGCCGGAAGACAAAUAUUGUAG